GCAGCCAGGUAUUAUCAGAAAAUCAUCAUAACGUAAGCUCGCGUUACCCAUAUCAAGCCGAGUCUUACUUUUCCCCUGUGUGUAGAUGAUAUAAAAAGUACGUUACAGUGGAUUUGUGAUCGAUCGCAGGUGUACAGGUAUAUGACGACAAUGGUCCUACCUGGAAAAUUUGAUCAUCGUGAUUCGAGGUCAGGGGUCAGCUCGCGCUCGAUAAUCAUAAGGCAGUAACAAGCAUCAUGGCGAAGGACAGCCCCUGUAGCCGGCUGUACGGGACUGUCAGUGGACUAUGUAUGGAGUGUAUCAUAGCUGUCCUGGUUGUUGUUGACGGCCUUGCCAUUACAGCCGAGCUUCUCAUCCGACUCGAUAUUUUACAGGUGCCCGGGGGUGCGCCAACAGACCCACCCAUUACUUCCACCCAAAAUGCCAGCACCCCUGUCAAUGCCACGCCUACCCAGGACCCCGACCCUGGGGGCAGUAUUUGCAGGCGGUGCGUCAAUAUGGUGGAACCAAUAGAAAUCACUUACUGUGUGGCUCAUUAUGCCAGUGUCGUUAUCGCAGGGGUGUUUAUUGUUGAGGUGCUUUUGCGAGUUGUGUCUGGAAGGUCAAAGGUGUUUAAAGACUUAAUUGAGAUUUGUGACAGCUUAAUUGUUGUCGUUCUGGUUGCCAUGGAGAUAUUGUUUACUUUGUUCUGGGAUGACGUUCUGUGUUACCAUCCGGCGGUUGAGGCCGCCACAUACAUUGUGUUCUUCCGGUUGUGUAGGGUACCUCGUGCAUGUACAGUUUCGAAAAGAGUAUUUUCAGACAAGGUGGAUAUAGAACUACAUUAUUUGAUGAAAGCCAAGAAGAAGGCAGAGGAAAAAGGGGCCGAGCUGCGCGAAAAAGUAGACAAGCAACAGAGAGAAAUUGAUUUCCUACAAAACCAGCUGAAGGAAACGAAAGUCAAAAUAUCCACUACUGAUAGAGGGAGUAGUGAAUUCUGUAACGGUCAUGUUUCGGACGGAACAGAGAAAUCGAGCACAAAAAAUAUCGAGAACUUGUACGCAAAACCAAUAAAGCGACCAAAGGUGAACGGUGACGUAUCACAACAUAACACCGACCUAAACCCAGGAGGUUACACCACUAUCAUACAUACUACUUACCAGGGAGCUGACGAGGUCAACAAGACAGAUGGAGCCGGUGAGGUCAAAGUGGAUAAUCAUCUUCCAUCACAAGCUUCAGCGUCGGAAGAUACUAGUGACGUUAUAGACUCGCCUCCGCACGACGUCAAAGAGUCGCGUGUGGUCGUAGGGGCUGGUCCCCAUGGUGACAGUUGUUCCCUUGAUGCAAGGAAUUCCGCCUAUGAUAGUUCAGAUAGUGCUUACCUUGUGGAUGACUUUCAAAAGAGAAAAAAAGUUCAGCGGUCAAGAAGUGAUAGUGCUUUAUCUACCGAAAGUAAAAUAGCAAUACGCCAGCUGGAUAUAGCAAUAGAUCCAGGUUUGGAUCACCGUUCCGGUGGUGUGGACAAUAAAUCGUAUGUGGAGGAUGAGGAUGAGGCUGUUCAGAUGAGACGCCUUUCUGUGAUGGCAGAGUAUGAGGGGACCCGUACCUACCGAAGUGCUGAAGGUGUGCCGUUGACAGAGCUGUGAUGAGAAAAGAGACAUCACCUUUGAGAAUCGUCACAAAUUCUAUUAUUUUGGUCUUCAUUUCUUAUUGAUAAGGGUAUCUUGACAUUAUUGUUGGGAUAAUGUUAUCCAAGUGAAGUCAACAAGGGUAUCGAUAUCAAUUUCGAUUUAUUCAUUUCUGUCCAGCAUAGUUAUCAUUGGUCGAAAUUUAAUAUAUUGCCCAAUUUUGAUCGAAUUUAGUAUGUAGGUGUAUCAUAGGUCAAUGAUCACUUCGGUAGCUUAGAUUUCACAUUUCAACAAAAUGGCUGCCGUUCCCCCCCCCCCCCCCCCCCCC